AUGAAACACGUCAGCGUUAAUCUUGAAGCAUCAUUUAUAAACCCGGGAAAGUUGGAUUCAUGGAUUCGGUCAGAUUCAUAUAUACUAAAGAAAGGGAAGCGUAUGGCCUUCUGCGAAAUCAAAUUCGUGAACGAACAGUCAGGAGAGCUAGUUGCACGUGGAACUCACACGAAAUACAUUAUAGACGAGGAAAACCUACCUUCUAAGAAGUAG